AACCCAAUAUGCUUCAAAUUUGCCGUCGGGAGUCUUUGAACAGAGUUGAUACCUGUGUUGUCUGCGGGUUAGAGUAUUCGCGCCGGUAGCUCGCCUGUAUGCUGUCGAAUUCCAAUUACCAGGGCUAUAAGAGAUCCUUCUUCGCCAUGAGCUGUCAUGUCGGUGGCACUCAACCAUUCGAGCAUCAACUUUCACUGUGACAAAUCCUUUCGAUUGCCGACGAAGAACAAGCAAACCUAUCACAAUGUCUCAUCAAGAAAUCUCACCGGCAAUCUUGUACUGGGGUACACCUGUCACCUUGAUCAGCACCACCAACUCAGAUGGUUCGGCAAAUAUCGGUCCCAUGUCCUCAGUCUUCUGGCUCGGUCAUGGCUGCAUGCUCGGCUUGGAUGCAUCAUCCCAAACGACGCAAAAUCUGCUACGCACAGGGCAGUGUGUGCUUAAUCUAGCCUCGGACAACCAGAUUGACGCGGUCAACGCGCUCGCUCGUACUACGGGCACGGAUCCAGUCCCUGCUGGCAAAGCACCCCGGGGGUACACCUUCGUCAAGGAUAAAUUCGGGCGUGCAGGGUUGACGCCGGUCCCAUCCAAGCAUGUUGCUUGCCCUGGAAUCAAGGAAUGCCCUGUAAUCAUGGAAGCUGAGCUCGUUGUGUCGCACAAGAUGUAUCGAGGUAGGGCGGUCGAGGGACUGGUACUCGCGAUCGAGGUCAGGAUACUGAGGGUCAGCAUUCAUGAGGAGCUCAGAUUAGCUGGAUAUCGUAAUCGGAUCGACGCCGACAAGUGGAAACCGAUGAUCAUGAUGUUUUGCGACUUUUAUGGCUUGAAGCCUGGGAAGCUCGUACACUCCAAAUUGGCGGAGUGCGAAGAAGAGAUGUAUAGGGGACUGACGGGGACUACUGGUGAACUUGAAGAUGAUGUUAUUGAUAAUGACGAGGCCGAGCAUGUCAUUGGCCUCGUAGCUUCCAACAAUCAAUAGCGAAUGUCAAACACAGGGACGAGAUGUUGGUCCAGGGCCCGAGUCCAUGGCAGCUCGACCGCUCAUGUCCCAGUCCAUCAAAUCCAGGCUUUGUCUUGCCGAGUGGACGAUUGUGCUGCGCAAA